AUGAAGACUUCUUCUCAAUUAUUCUAAAAGGAAAAUGAAGAAACUGUAUGGCACACCCGUAAAUUACGUUAAGAAACUGAGAAAGAUAUCUUAUUGAUGAAAAAUAGACUCAAAUUAUUAAAGAGAGGUGAUGCCCAAUUAUCUAGGAGAAUUGAUGAAACCAAAAAGAAAACAAAAUCAAUGAUAGAAAUGAAAAUGAAUCAUCAUGCACAAAUUGAAUAAGUAACUAAUUUUGUUUAUUGAUAUUCAUAAGAAAAAACAAAAUUAGAAGAAUGAUGAAGAAAUAUUAAAAGAUAAAUAAAAAUAAAAUUAUAGCUUCAAGAAAUAACAAGAAGAAUAAUUAGAGAUGAUUAAAAAAGCUAUGGAGUAAAUAAAGUUUGAAGAAUAUAAAAAAAUUAAGUAUGAAUAACAAAUAUCAUCUAAUCUAGAGAAUUAUCAUAAUAAAAUUCUGAAGCCAUAAGUAAAUAUAAACAAGAUUUUAUUAUAAAAAACAGAGAGAAAAGAGAAUAUAUUAAAGAACUUAUGUCAAAAUCAAAAACUAACAUUUCUCUUUAUUGGAAUGAAAAACUAUCUCAUAUCCAAAGAGAAAAUGAAAAGUAACUUUUUAUUAAGAUUAGAUUAGAGCUAAACUUGAAAAUAAAAGGGUUUGUGAUCAUAAUAAAGCUUUAUAAGAAAAAAUGGAAAUGGAAGAAUCAUAUAUGAUGCAAAAAUUGAUUAGAUCUUAAGAAGUUUAAAAAAAAUUGGCUGUAAGAUUAGAAAAAGCUAAAAAUUUACCUCAUAAUGAAUUUAAUCAUAUGAUCUUAGAAGAGGAAGAACAUUCACACCACCAUAAAACUAAUAAAAGUGUUGAACUACCUCGUUGGUUACCUACUCCACAAAAAGAUCUUGCUAUUUCAUAAAAAUUAGAUACAGAACCUAAGCAAGAUUCUGAUUAUAAAAAAAAAAAUGACGCUCCUUAAGAUUAAUAAGAUUGA